ACAAACCCAUAUAAGUUCUUGUUGAAAUUUCUUCAAUUCUCACAUUCACAAGGGAAGGAUGGAAAAAGAGAUAAUGGCUGCACUCUAUGAAGCCUCACGGAAUGGGUGUGUGAGCACCUUGACCACAUUCAUCCAAAGGGACGCAGGCAUCCUUGAUAGAGUUUCACUCACAUCCUUUAGUGAGACUCCCUUACACUUAUCAGCUUUGCACGGCCAUCUUGAAUUUAGUAGAGUUCUUGUCAGCAAGAAACCUACACUUGCGAAAGAGAUCGACUCGCUGGGACGAACCCCUCUUCACUUGGCUUCUGCUGAGGGCUACACUGAGAUAGUAAAAGCAUUGUUGCAAGCAAAUACAGAUGUUUGCUUAGCUCGUGAUCAAGAUGAGAGAAUUCCUCUUCACUUAGCCUCAAUGAGAGGACGAAGAGAGAUCAUAGAAGAGUUGAUUAAUGCUCGACGGGAGUCCAUCCUGAUGAAUCUUAAUGGAGACAGUGUAUUGCACUUGUGUCUUCAAUAUAAUCAGUUCGAUGCUCUCAAAUUGUUGGUGAAAUCAGCUAAUGGUGAUGAAUUAUUCCUCAACUCCAAAGACUAUGAUGGCAACUCUGUAUUGCAUUUAGCUGUGAUGCUCAAGCAAAUGAAGGCCAUAAAAUACUUGCUUUCAGUACCGAAAAUAAAAAGAGAGGCGAAUGCCAUGAACAUGCUUGGUUUCACACCUUUAGAUGUCUUUGAGGCAUGUAACGCUUGUCUAAGAGAUUUUAAAUGUUUUGAAAUCCAAAACAUUCUAAAGGAAGCCGAUGUCAAAAGAUCAACGAAUCUUAAUUCUUCUGUACCAUUGGCACCGAGUGGUACAGGUGUUGAUGGACCACAACGAGCUCGAUCAAGGUUUAGGAGAUGGUGGGAGUGCGUUCAUUUGUCAUUAAGUAAACGCUGGAAGCACCAGGAAAAUUGGAUGGAGGAAACACGUGGCACAUUGAUGAUAGUGGCUACUGUGAUUGCAACCAUGGCUUUCCAAGCUGGGAUCAGCCCACCAGGUGGCGUUUGGCAACAAGAUACAUCCAACUGCACAAAAGAUUACUACCUUGCGCAAGAUAUUAUAUGUAAAGCCGGCAAAGCAGUUUUAUCUUAUUCCAAUCCUGAUGGGUACAUAUUAUUCUUAUAUUACAAUACCACAUCUUUCUUCGCAUCUCUGUGCGUCAUACUUUUGGUCAUUAUUGGAUAUCCUCUUAGGAGCAAGUUAUUUAUUUGGCUCUUGACCUCAGCCAUGACUAUCGCAGCGGCGUCCAUGACAUUGACCUAUAUACAAGCAGUGAGUUUGGUGACCUCAGAUCAUUUUUUCAAAAGAUUUAGCUUGUUCGCCUUGAUAUUAGUAUAUAUUUGGUAUGGAGUGGUUCUUAUUACUGGGGUAAUUCACAUAAUCCGCAUACUCUAUUGGAUUGUGAAGAUGUUGAUUCACAUAAUUCGCCUACUCUAUUGGAUGGUGAAGAAGUUGUGCACUUUCAUACGCAAGUCAACAAGGGGUUCAGCAGAAGAUCCGGCUAAUGUCUGAGAGGGAAACUGUCGUGAUCAGAAAUUCAGUUAAAUAUUUUAGAAUAAAAAUCCUAUCAAGCUAGCCACUGAUAAGAAAGAACGGAGGGGUAACGUUUUGGUAAUCUCAUUGUAAUAUUUAGGUUACUUUAGUUCUAAGUUCAUUAGUACUUGGAUUCUAUUAUGAUUAUAAUUGGGUGAUGUUAUGCAUAAAUCAGUGAUUUUAUUUUA